AAUUCCAUCAAUCCUAUCUAUCCUGAUCAUCCCACCAUCUUCAAUCAUCGUCGACCAUCUUCAACUGCCUUCAACUGUCUUCAGCUUGGACAUUCAGUCCUUACCGACACCACCGUUCAUCGUCUAUCAUCAUCUCGCGACUCCUGCUAUUUGUAUGGUCUUGAGCCCCUCGAUUCUACUACAUAUUUCCAGUCAGCUGGUUAGCUUGGUCACUAUGUCUCGCACCGACAGCUUCCUUCAGCAAGGAGUGUCCUACGGCAAUGCUGGCAUCAUAUCUGCUUCGGAGCUACAACGCUUUCAGACGUCCAUGUACCCCUCUGACAUUCCCAACCUCGCCGGCAAUCCUUUCAGCCUCUCUGAGGACAAUAUGUGGGCUCCUCAUCCGACCACUCAUCCUACUAUUAAUCCGUCAUGCAUCGCCGCGGGCGGUGCCAGUGACGUGCAUUCCUACCUUACCAAUCAUCCCUUUGACGAACUGAAUCACAAGCAAGGCCCGAGCAAUCGCAGGCGAAGCUCGGCCGAAACUGAGCUUGACCAGGGUUCUUACCGGGUCCGCCAUGGUCAAGUCACCCCUCCUUCAGACCAUUCUCCCAGCACCGUCUACUCCGUUCCUUCCCACGACUCUAAGUCAGCAUAUCUCCCGUCCACCAUUGAAGGCUCAUCUGAGUCCCCGCCAAAGCGCAGAAGGAGCGGUUCUAGCAACAUGAGUGGCAGUCGAGGCAGCACUCGGGCCUCAACCUCGGUCGAGCCUACGUCGCCCGGUGAUGAUAAACAAGAGAAGACUAGAGCACGGAACCGACUUGCGGCCAGCAAGUGCCGACAGAAGAAGAAGGAGCAGAACCAUAUGUUGGAGACCAGGUACGAGCAGGAGAAGAUGAAGAACGAGGAGCUCACUCGCACUGUGAACUCGUUGAGGGACGCUAUCGUGGUGGCCAAGGAUCAGCUUCUUGCACACUCCGAAUGUGGCCACGAAUCCAUCAAAGCGUACAUCCAAAACAUGGCGAAGAACAUCUCCAUUCAGCAUGAGCAAUUCGAUUUUGGGACAGCCCCGGCACAGUACGGAUGCCACUCGGAGCGAAAGCCUAGUGGAUUUGGCUUUGAUGUCCACCCACCGACGGCAUGA